UAAAUGUGUAUGGGAGGCUAAGUCAAGCUUCUGGACUCAGCCACCCCAGAAUGGAACUGGGGCACAGCGUGGCCUUGUGGAGAGAGCCCUGAGCAGGGACAUGGAAACUCUGGCUCUUACAUUGGCUUGCUGGGCAAACUUCAACCUCAGAGCUUUGUGGAAAAGGGAAGAGACAGGCAACAUAUUGGAAACUACCCCACUGCCGUUUCCAGAGGUGCGGCUAGUCAAAGGGCAAAGCCGCUGCCAGGGGCGUGUGGAGAUCCUCUACAAUGGCUCCUGGGGCACAGUAUGCGAUGAUGACUGGGACAUCGUGGAUGCCAAUGUGGUGUGUCGCCAGUUGGGUUGCGGCCAUGCCGUCGCCAUGCCAGCUACCCUCACCUUUGGCCAGGGGAGCGGGCCCAUCUUCCUGGAUAAUGUGGACUGCAAGGGGAGGGAGGCAGCCCUGAGUGAGUGCGGAAGCCACGGAUGGGGCAUCCACAACUGCUACCACUAUGAGGAUGUGGCUGUCACAUGUAAUGAGCUCUUGCCCACGCAAGCAAGCAGAAGACCAACCAGCAAGACUGUAACAGCCUCACUACAAAAUGGGAAAAAUGAUGGGAGCAUUCGGCUGGUGAGCGGGACUGAUGCCUGCCAGGGCAGAGUGGAGAUCUACUACCAAGGGCACUGGGGCACCGUGUGUGAUGAUGACUGGGGGCUGGCCGAUGCCAGUGUGGUUUGCAAGCAAGUGGGCUGUGGCCAUGCCCUGGACUACAAGAGCAAUGCCUACUUUGGCUAUGGCACAGGGCACAUCCUCCUGGACAAUGUGAACUGUGAUGGAGGCGAGCCCCACCUCUCAGCUUGCUACAGUCUGGGCUGGGGCGUCCACAACUGUGGGCAUCAUGAGGACGCAGGGGUCAUCUGCACAGGGCUGGGGAUGUCAACAGUCACACCAUUCACCACCUCAGUCACCUGGGAGUAUGGAAAGCCAUUCACCGGCACUGCCACAGUCACUGAUGGCAGAGAUCAGCUUUCUCCAGAGACUGAAGUGAUGACGACGGCUAUUUUUGCGAGGGGAAAGAAAAGUGGCAGCAUCCGGCUGGUGAGCGGGAACAGCAGCUGCCAAGGCCGAGUGGAGGUUCUGCAUCGCGGCACCUGGGGAACAGUGUGUGAUGACGACUGGGAUUUUGCCAACGCCCAGGUAGUCUGCAGGCAGAUGGGCUGUGGGUCUGCAGUGGUGGCCACGGUCCUGGGGUAUUUUGGCUACGGCACUGGGCCCAUCCUCCUGGACAACGUGGAUUGCAUUGGCACAGAGACCGACCUGGCGGAUUGCUUUAACUUGGGCUGGGGGCAGCACAACUGUGGGCACCAUGAGGACGCCGGCGUGAUAUGCAGAGGCAUGGAUGACUCAGGAGACCAUUUCAGAGAAGAUACAUAUGCGACUACAACCUCAACCACAACUCGCCCCAAGGAUGGAUUCCUGCGCCUGGUGAACGGCAGCCACCGCUGCGAAGGCCGCGUGGAGAUGUUCUUCCUGUCCCAGUGGGGAACAGUGUGUGAUGAUGCCUGGGACCUCAAGGAUGUCAAGGUGGUGUGCCGGCAGCUGGGCUGUGGGCAUGCCGUGGCGGCCUGGGGGGAGGCGCACUAUGGCCAGGGCAUUGGCUACAUCUUCCUUGACAACCUGAAGUGCAAGGGCAACGAGGCCUCGCUGCUGCGCUGCUCCCACAUCCGCUGGAACGUCCACAACUGUGACCACUCGGAAGACGCUGGCGCCGUCUGCAGCCUGCUAUGACCCUGCCAGCUGGGAGAAGCUGUCGCUCAGACUGAGGCUGGCCCAAGCUGCAAUGGAUCCCAGAUGCCAGUGGCACACGGUGCAAGGUGGGAUGGUUCCCAGCAGUGCCAUCCACAGGAUGCGAACCACACGUUCUACACACCUGUGUUCCCUGUACAUCACUGUAUAUAGCACAGGGCUGUAUUGAGCAAGGAAGCCCUGUUCUUGCUGCCAUGCCCUGCAGACCCUUCCCCUCUCACCUAGCGAUUCACCCAGGCCAGUUCCAGGUGCCUGGCUGAACAGGUACCAACCAGUGCCUCCUGGUUGCCUGAUACCCCAGGGACAUGGAGCAGAGCUGCUCAGUCCUCUGGGUUGGUUCCAUGGCUACUCCCUAUGGUGGGCGAGUAUUGAUCAGAAGAAAACCCUCAAAGCAAGAAGGAAAAUCACUGCCCAGUAGAGUCUCACUAGGAGAAAUGGCAGACACGCAGGUGCCCAGCAACCAGAGCCCAUGGAGAAUUCUGAAAACUUGAGUAUCAUUCCAGCAUGUGUCAGGGGACUAGGAUAUCUGCAGAGCCCCCAGAAGAUACAUUUUUGUUCAGACACUAGAGUGAUAAUGGCCACAUCCAGGCAGGCUCCCAAGUGACUUAGGAGCCUCAAUACAGCUCUAUUGUAAAGAUACUGGAGUACCCUGAAGCUGCAGGCUGCAGAGAUGUGUCUGUCUAGCCACUUGGUCAUGUAUUUCACUGUGCUCUGCUCCUGUUCUCAGACCAUGCUGGAAACUUUGGGGUCUCACCCUGGCAGGCUCCUUGCUGUCUGCCAUUCACCUUUGGUCAUUUUUCUGCCCUGGAGACUGGUGCAAUGUUGUCCCUGGGUGUGAGGGAGGGGAAGUUUUUGCUUACUGACAAGGGAUUCACUCCCAGGACUUGCAUGCAUCUGCCUGGGCCAUGUGUUUGUGUGAUUCCUUUGUUAAUCGAGUGGGCGUGUCCCAGGGUUUUUCCACUUUUCUUACAUGUU